UCCGGCGCCAACAGCGACAGACUCUCACAACGCAAGAGCCAUGGCGGCCACGGGUGGAGGGAAAAUCAGAAGCAGGAGAUAUCACAUCGCCUCUAAGCCGUACGCCAAGACUAAACAGCAGUCAGGCCUGAUCAGUCGAGUGACGGACACAGUAAAGAGCAUCGUUCCAUCCUGGCUGCAGAAGUACUUUAAGAAUGGAGAUGCUCCAGAAGAAGAAGCAGGAGGAGGCGGUGGAGGAGGAGUACCGGUAGAUAUGAGGGAGAAUUGUCAGACUCCUCCUCUUCCUCCAAACGGCAGUGAACAAGGACCUCCUUCCUUGGAUGGACGCAGCACGCCAGAGCCCAGCACGAGUAACGCAGAGCCCUCAAACAGCCGGGCGUCUCUCAACUUUCAGGACUAUGUGCUGUCACGACCACCCCUCAGCCGCUCCCACCUCCACUUCCCCCCGCUGGAGGCCUCAUCGCCCACCCUGGGGGCCCCCAGCGGGCUCAUCUGCCAGCCCUCCACGUCCUCGGCGUCGGGGCCCUUCUCCACGGGCUGCUCCUUAGUCAAAGAAAUCAAAGAUAAUCUCUCGCAGCACGAAGACGACAACAUCUCCACCACCAGCGGCUUCUCCUCCCGCGCCUCUGACAAAGAUGUGCCCACUUCCAAAACGGCAUCCCUUCCGCAGCUUUGGUCGCCUGAGAUGGACAGAACCAUCUCUGUGCCGCAGCCCUCUCAGUCCGGUCUGAAAAGGCCCGCCUUCAACCUCUCUGUCUUUGGCACUUCCGCCAAUUCCACGCUAAACAGAACGGUGUUGAACUCCAGCCAGUUGGGAGAUUCACCCUUCUAUCCCGGCAAGACCACGUACGGCGGAGCUGCUGCCGUCAAGAGCUUGCGCACUCGUCCUGGAACACCUUAUCAGGCCCCGGUAAGGAGACAAAUUAAAGCCAAGCCCGCUUGUGCGCAGCCCUGCGGGGUGACCAGCGCCACUGCCAGGCGCAUCCUGCAGUCUUUGGAGCGCAUGUCAAGUCCUCUGGCAGACGCCAAGCGGAUCCCAGCAGCAGCAUCACCCCUUUCUACAUCAAUGGAUGGUGCCAAUCUAGAUGUGUCACAUUUCCAGUCCAAAAAGAAAAGGCUGGAUGCCAACCUCCCGCCAGUGCAGAAGCUCGUGGUUCCUGCUGCACUUCCAUCCUCGGCAAACCGCUCCGUCUCCUUCAGGCCUAGCUUGACCCCAGGAGGGUUUAGCCGAACCCUGGACCGGACCCCAAGAGACGCGCCUCCAAGACAGUCGCCACUACCGCCUGAUAGAAGGCCCCGGUCCUCCCAAUGCACAGCGGGCUCCAGCAGGGGGCCAGCCUACCCCAUGUCCAGCACACCUGCAGCAUCCAGCAGCUCUGGAGGUGGCAAGAUGAAGCGAGAGAGGACCAGCACACGGCCAUCCUCCAAACACAUGGAAGAUGAUGAGGUGGCCGAAGUACCAGACCUUCCAACCAUUUCACUCCCCAUCAGCACGUCUGCCUUGCCUGCCUUCAGCUUCUCCUCCCCGCAGCCGCCCCUCACUACCAGCUCCGCCUCCUCCGCCUGCACUGCUUCCAGCAUCACUGUCACUCUGGAGACAGUUGCUUCACCCCCGUGUGUACCCUUUACCUUCUCCUCCCCCAUUGUCAAAGCAAAUCCUGCAAGUCCACCUGCCUUCUCCCCUACGGCUGGCUUCACGUUCAGUGCCCCUGUGGCCAAGCUAGGUCCCUCCUUGUCCAAUGGGAAGCUGGCCACGCCCAUAGCGACCGCAAUCAAAUCGGCAGGCACAGAAGACUUUAAAGGACCUUUCAAGCCAGCUAAGACACUGAAGCAAGGCAGCGUGCUGGACCUCCUCAAAGCUCCUGGCUUUGCUUCCACACCUGCGCAAAAUUCAUCCAGCUCUGAUGGCUCUUUCCAGAAAACCUCUACACAGUCCAUUAUCACCACCACCACCACCACCACCACCACCACCACCUCCUCCUCCUCCUCAGUAGGCCUUAGUGACGUAUUCAAAGCCCCCGCAGGGUGGAGCUGUGACGUGUGCUUGGUGCAAAACAAGCCGACGGAUACAAAAUGCAUUUGCUGCACGGUGGCUCGACCCAGCCCAUCGGCCUCGUGCAAAGCAGCAAGCGUCCUCUCGUCAGCGCUGAAGAGCAGCACAGCAAACAGCACCUCCUCCACGGAGAUCACGUCACCCUUCUCCAAGCCCGCGGGAACCUGGGAGUGCGACACGUGUCUCGUCAUUAACAAGGCUGACGCCGUGAAGUGUGUGGCCUGCGAAACGGCCAAGCCCGGGACGGGGCUGAAGCCGCCAGCUUCCUUUUCUUCUGCCUUCUCUGCUGUCAAGACCGUGCCCAACCCCUCAGCGCCCGCCCCCACCACGCCGUUUGCAGGGUUUGGAGAGUUCAAAAAGCCGGAGGGAGCGUGGGAGUGCGACGUGUGUUUGGUUCAGAACAAGGCGGAGGAUACAAAGUGUAUAGCCUGCACGAGCGCUAAACCAGGAGCGCCAGCAGGAGCCUCCUCUGCAGCCAGCAGAGUGCCGUUGUUUGGCUUUGGGGACAAGUUCAAGAAGCCAGAGAACGCUUGGGAUUGUGACGUGUGUCUGUUGCAGAACAAGGCUGCUGAUGUCACUUGUGUCGCCUGUCAGGCAGCCAAACCUGGAGCUCAGGUGGAGCCCAAAGCUUUAGGUUCAUCUUCUGGAGAGACGUUUGGCUCUUCUACCUCUUCCUCUGGAGGUUUUACCUUUGGCACGUCAAAAAGUACCUCACUAUCUGGGUCUGGAGGGAUCACGUUCGGGGUUGCAACGUCAGAAUCCUCCUCAUUCCCAUCAGGUGGAUUCAAGUUUGGUAUCCCGUUUGGAAGCGCCCCAUCAGAAAGUGCAUCUAAAGACACUAGUAGCUCCUUGGGGUUCAAAUUCAGCAGGCCGUCUGAGGGCUUUAAGUUUGGGGUUUCUUCUGGUGAUGAGAAGAAGCCAGAGCUAUCUGCCACAGCAUCCCAGGUGAAAUUUGGAAGCGGCGGCGGGAUUAUGUUUGGAACUGGAUCGUCCAGCACGGAAAGCAUCUCAUCCAAGAGCACGUUCAGCUUUGGCCUCGCAAAGCCCGAAGAGAAAGCACCAGACGCCACCACCACACCCUCUGUUACGGUUGCGCCCCCUGCUUCCUCUUCCUCAUCCUCUACGGCCUCAGCCAGUGACAGCACAUCAACAAGCACUACCACAACCACCACCACCGCUGGGUCUGUGUUUGGAAGGCUGGGCGAACCCGCCCCGACCACCUCCACACCGCCAGGGGUGCCAACAUUUGGAUCGUUAUCCGCUGAGACGAAGCCGCCACCUCCUGCGUUCACAUUCGGGAAACCUGAGGAGAAGAAGGAAGUGCCGGCCACCUUCCUGUUUGGUGGCGCCAGUAAAGAUGCCGAGGCCGCGCCGGCCAACUCGGGGGGCUUUCCCUUCGGCAAGCCGAGCGCUCCGGCGGAGCAGGCGACGCCCACCUUCACGUUUGGCAAACCAGCUGAUAAGAGUGACGCUUUGAAUUCGGAGGCUCCCAAGCCUACUUUUACUUUUGGACAAGCAGCUGCAGCCUCUGAUGCUCCGAAAGCGGCGUUCUCCUUCCUGACCAGCAACCCCCCCAGCACCUCAUCAGGCCCCGCCCCCACUGCCAGCCUCUUUGGUAGCAGCAUCAGCACCCAAGCGGCGCCCGCUCCUACCGCAGCUCCAAGCACUUUCAUGUUCGGUCAGUCCGCCGCGGCUACCAGUGACGCCCCCCCGGCCAAAGCCUUCGUCUUUGGACAGAACCAGGACGGCCAGCCGCCUGUCCCGGUCAACUCCACCCUGGUCCCCUCUCAGCCGUUCGUCUUUGGUGCCAGAGCCAGCGCGGCGCCACCCGCGGCUCCUUCCAUCAAUUUUGGAGGAUCGGCGCCCCCUGCUGCCUCCCCUGCAGGUCUGUGUCUGAGCAUCAUUCCUCAUCUUGUUCACGUGUUUAGUUGCACGUCCUGUCUGUCCACAGCCCCCAACCCCUUCCUUGUCAGCUCGUCAACCCCCGCUGAGUUUGGCGCCAGUCAGGCUCCUGCAUUCGGGUCAUCUUUCGCUUCCCCGUUCCCGUCCGCUACUUCCCACACACCAACAUUUGGAGGCAAGCCCACCGCCGCCCCUGUCUUUGGUCAGCAGGCCAACCCCAACCCUGCCUUCGGCGCCGCUGCCAACUCAGCACAAGGUGCAGGCUUUCAGUUUGGAGGAGCCGGCGCGUUCGGGUCCUCAAACAGCACGGGAGUUUUCACUUUUGGGGCAGGAGCGGCGGCAUCUCCCGGCCCAGCUGCCAGCCCCGCCCUCGCACCCCAGUCAGGAGCACCUGGAGGCGGAUUCAACUUUUCACAGCCUCUGGCUUUUAAUAUUGGGUCAUCCAAGUCCUUCACGCCGUCUCCCGCCGGACAAACGAUAGGCGGGCGCAAGAUCAAGACAGCCGUGCGGCGCCGCAGAACGUAGAUGUGCUUUGACGUGAUGUGUGGACAGCGACUGAAAUGACUUUUGGAGGAAGGCCUGCAGCUUUUUUUUAUUUUAUUUUAUUUUUAUUUUUUUUGCACCCGUGGGUGGUCAGGCAGGUAUUGUUUCACCCCCCCUGCUGCUGAUUGAACAAAAAGACACGGACAACAAUUCCACCCUAAACGCCACCGGCGGACGUGGAAGCUGUGGAAGACGCUGGUAUCUUUAUUUACAACACCGGCAAGUGUCUGCCAGACUCCAGGCAUGACCCCCCCCACUCCCUCAGAUUUUUUUUGUAAUGAAAGGAGAAAUCGUGCUGAAGUAAAGAGCUGAGUGCAUCCUAUUGGUUAGUCUGAGUGCAGACUUUGUAGAGUCGCGGCGUGCUGGAUGUACAUGGACCCCCAACCCCGCCCCC